AUGAGCAUCUUUGGAUUUCCCUGUGGUUUUGUGGACGAAAUCCAUGCUCUGUUCGCGAAGUUCUGGUGGGGAUCUAGUAAUGAACACAAGAAAAUUCAUUGGCAUAGUAGAAGUCAUUUGUGCUUACCAAAGAGCAAAGGGGGGAUGGGCUUUUGUGAUUUGAAAUGCUUAAACUCCGCCUUACUAGCAAAACAGUUUUGGCAAUUGCUCAUGGGUACAAACCCUCUUCUUCUUGAGGUCAUCAAAGCCCGGUAUUUCAAACACACAUCGAUCUUAGAAUCACAUAGAGGUCAUGAUCCGAGCUUUACCUGGAGAAGUGUGUGGGGGGCUAAAUCUCUCCUUAUGGAGGGGUUAGGAUUAGGGAUGGGCAUGGGUCGGAUCUGGGUCAGGUCCAGUAAGACCCAAAUCUAG